AUGGGUUACAAAACAAACCCUAUUCAGCCUAUUCACGAAUACUGUGAAACGGAGAGUUACAGAGAGGAAUACAGAGAGCAACAGAGAGGGAACUUUGAGGGUUUAAUAGAGAGGCUCAAGGAGGAAGGAGUGGGUUGCUUCUGGGGCAAGGUGGAGCUAAUGGUGGAGGUUGCAACCAAAUUGGUAAUGACAUGGAAAACUGAAAUAGAAAGGCAAGGGGGAGUAGCAGAGAUAAACCCUAAUGAAGACAUGAAAACCUUUUCUUCGUCCAUCAUCUCAAAAACUUUACUUGGAAAAAGCCAUUUUGAGGGGGCAGAGAUUUUUCUUAAGUUUAGGGACAUUCAAAAGACCUUUGCUGGCCAAAGUUGGUUGAAAACAAUUGUUGGGCUAUCGAAAUUUCCAUCCAAGAACAAUAGAUGGAAGUGGAGAUUAGAAGAGGAGUUAAAUUUAAUGAUUUUAAAUAUUGCAAAAGACCAUAUGGCAGAUUCAUCUGAGACCGACAUUUUACAUAAGAUCAUUGAAGGAGCUAGAAAUGAUGCAGAUGCAAAAGCAGAAGAGAAGUUUAUAAUGGACAACUGCAAGAAUGUGUAUUUUGUAGGGUAUAAGAGCACUGCAGUUUCAGCAUUUUGGACAUUGAUGUUGUUGGCAUUGCAUCCAGAAUGGCAAGCUUGUGCUCGUGCUAAAGUGUUACAACUUUUGGACAAGAUAAUCGCAGUGUCCCUGAUUUCAAUAUGCUUGGCCAAAUGA